UAGGCAUUAAUCGGCCUAGAAUAGUUUUCCUUUUGUAUCCUAGAAUCAAGCUGUAUUCUUGUAUAUAUGAUAUACAGAUCAAUAGAGCCAUCAUCACUUCCAGCAAAUCUGUCUCUACUGUUUUUCACAGCUUUCUUGCCAACUCUGUCUCUGUAGAGUACUACUCUAGUGCGUUUAAGUUCUGAUCUAGCUAGGUUUAACUAUGGUAACCAGCACUAGUAGAGUACUCGAAAUAAUUUCGAUGUUAUUUGUGGUGAUCAUUAUCAUGAUCACCAAAAUGGGGCAUGUAUCAGCUGAUCUUGAUGCUUGCCCAAAAUGUGGUAGCCUAGAAGUUCCAGACCCUUUUAGCACUGAUGAUAGUUGUGGAGACCCUAGAUACAAAAUCUACUGCAACAAUGGCAAUGAACUUCAGUUCAUGUCAGCUGAAGGGUUUAAGUACAAGAUCCUCAGCAUCGACUUGAGUGCCAACAAGCUCAUUAUACAGCCCACCUGAUCUGUUAGCCACACUACAUGUUAUUCUUCAGAUUUCUCUUCACAAGGCUUAAUACUCGAUGAGCGCUUGCCCUUCAACAUUUCUACUCGUAACACCGUGAUGCUGUUCAAUUGCUCGGAUACUAUUCUCCUCACGCCUCUAAAUUGUUCCUCAAACAGCUUCUGCAGGCAGUUUGAGGAUAAGAUUGAGGCAUGCAGAGGUACCCUUUGCUGCCACUUCUUGAAGGAUUCCUUCGUAUCUUCAUAUAUGAUCAGGGUCAGGCUUGGAGGCUGCACUGCUUAUACUUCUGUUGUCGAUAUUCGACCUCAAGAUCCAGUUGAUAACUGGAACUAUGGAAUUGAGCUUCAAUGGUUGCCUCCUAACUAACCGAUUGACUGAGUUCAGCACCUCACUGCAUUCCUCUUAAUAAAAUGUAUGCAUUUCCUGGCAAGUUGUCACCACUUUAUGUCCUACUGCUAUGCUUAUGUUACCUUUCUCUUGUUCUUCAAUUGCUUAUGGUUCAUGACAUGAAGUUCAUGUACAUGUACAAUAUUUCCUAAUUCUAGAAAAUAACACGUCGAUCUCUUGUUCGGCACUCAUUUUGUUUUUA